AUGAAUUUGUUUGUGUGCAUUCUAUUCUUGCAUUGUUUAACUAUAAUAAGUACGGAUGUGAUAGUCGAAACCAAAUUAGGAAAAAUUGCUGGAAUAGAAAUCCAGUCGAUAAUACCGAAUGAAAAAUAUUAUUCAUUUUUAGGCAUACCUUACGCUAAACCACCAAUUGAUGAAUUAAGAUUUAAGACCCCAAAACCGCACGAAGAAUCAGAACAUUUAGCUGUAGAUACGGAUGAUUCACGCGCAGUACAAAGAGGUUUAGUAGCAUUUGGUCCCAGUAUAGAGCCUAAUCAUCCUGAAGCAGUCAUAACGGAUCUUCCUGAGGAUAACGACAUCGAGAUAAAUGUACCGGUAAUGAUAGGCUACAAUUCAAGAGAGGAUGGCACAUGGGGUGCAUCCGUCGGAGACGAAUUGUGUUAUUUGUUCGUCUGCAACCCAAAAAAAAUAUACAAGAAGUUGUUGGAAGAUGAAGAUGCGGAAGAAAUAAAAGUUUUAAAGAAUAUGGUUAAGAUGUGGGCAAACUUUGCCAGGACAGGGAAUCCAACACCUAAUGGGGACGAGGUUACUUGGAAUCCAGCUACAAAAGAGAAUAAGGAAUGUCUCGUUAUAAGUGAUGAACUCAAAAUGCAUAAAAACUUACACGAAAACGUUGUCAGAUUCUGGGAUGAUUUUAUAUCUUCAUACAGCGAAAAAGCUGUCAACGGCGUAGUUCAAGAUAAAAGAGAUGAACUU